AAAGCGACGGCUGUGCUCGACAUUUGUUUUAUUUUUUUAUUUAGGUUGGUGUGACGUCUGGUGUGCUGUGGGAAUUGUGACACCUUUUUAAAGUUAAACGGCAGGUGAGAAACGGCUGCCACCUGUAUAUAAAACACUCCCUCCAGACCUCUGACAAAGCACUGACAGCAAGGCUCUUUAGAACCUUGGCCCAUCAAAUAAAUAUAUAUAUAUAUAUAUUUAAUUUUUUCCCUUUUUUUUCCUUUUUGAAAUUAUCUUCAAAGACAAUGGAUUUUGGCGUCAUUACCAUCUUUUUGUUGAGUUGGACAGCCGCCACUUUUACAUUCCCAUACUCUGCCUUUGACAGAUAUCUGAAAGCGUCAAAAAUGGACUUUGAAUCAUCUGGCGACCUUUCAGAUGACCUGUACCAAGGAUCAGUGAAGGUUGUGCGGGUGGACCCUCGUGUCGUGGCUCAGUCAGGUCUUCUUGCAGGGGGGUUCAAACCCAGACGGCUCUCCUCCCUCAGGUCCAGGUCACCCUUUCCUGCCUUCCUGUCUCAAGGACAUCCAGGUCCGGUUGCUGCAGCCAAGGCCCCUGUGAGCCCACUGCAUCACCUGCACCCUAAAAAACCAAGUGAAGUGGAGCUAAAGAAGAAGCAAGGUCUUCAGAUGUGGCAGAAAGCUAUCGAUAAGGUCCACAGCGAGAAAACAUCACUGCCGGUCAGCCUGAAGGACAUGAAGCAGACGUGUGCUGCUGUUGCUUUUACUCAGCAUGUGAUGGCGGAUGGAUGCGACACGGUCACAGUGCACAACAAGCUGUGUUUUGGUCAGUGCAGCUCCCUGUUUGUCCCAUCGGGAGGAGACACAGGGGUUCAUCGCCGGGCCGCCUGCUCCCGCUGUGCUCCAUCCAGAGCUCACACUGUACCUGUGUCCCUACGCUGCGGUGGUCACAUCCAGCAGAAAGAAGUGAUGAUCGUGGAGGAGUGCAAAUGCGAGACCGGACGGGAAGAGAAAAACAUUGAAGCGGCAGCAUUCACACACAUGCUGAAUUCUGCUGUAGCCAUGACAACAAAUUCAUGAUGGACAAGUUUGCUUUCUGAAAGCUGUGACAUAAGGUAUUCAAAUUAAGACAUGCAGGGAUGUUUUCCUUAAAAUGUGUGACAAAGACAGUGACGUGCAAAGGUUUUAGGC